UAGUGCGCACCAGUCAGUUGUUUUGAAACGGUCGUACAUUACAGUAGUUUUGCUCGUGUGCGGUUAAUUUAAUGUUAUUAAUUUGCUUUGUACCUCGUGUACGGUCGACAUCGUGUUAAAAGCUGAUAUCAGAUAAAUAUUUCUGUAAGGUGUGUGAGAUAAUUAUCAUAAAUCAUCAGUGAGAUUUGUAAGAACGUUUUGGUGAAAAAGUGAUUGUUGUUCGAGCGAUUUAGUUCUACUUGUAAUUCUUUAUUUUUUUUUCUUUUUUUUUUGAUACAUCAAAUUUUUCCAUUUAUCAUUAUUACAAAAGUACAUGAUACCCAGAUUGUUAAGUUACCGAAUUCGUUUCUAAGAAGGAUGUUUGAUCGCGACACAGCGAUACAUCUCAUUGCCGGAGGUGUUGCUGGUACAACAGGAGCCAUAGUGACCUGUCCUCUCGAAGUGGUUAAGACGCGUUUACAAUCAUCUUCGUCUGGUUUUCAACCGCCACCAGUGAAUAAAGAAUUUACGUCCGGUCAUGUCACGUGUAAGAGUUUUCCAACGCCGGAACAAAGGAGGAGAUUGUGUACAGGAGGAUAUCCAAGGUGCUCCUUCCUGGCUCUCUCCCAUUGUGGUGUGUCGACACCAUCGGGUACUGGUCCACAUGCUUAUCCGACUCCCGGUAUUUACCAGUGUAUAAGGUAUAUCAUUAAGAACGAGGGUGUACGUGCCCUUUUCCAGGGUCUUGGUCCAAAUCUCGUUGGUGUAGCACCUUCCAGAGCGAUCUACUUUUGUGCAUAUUCGAAAAGCAAAAUUGCUUUUAAUAAAAUACUACCUCCAGACACUCCGAUAGUCCAUGUAUUUUCGGCAUUUUGCGCUGGUUUCGUGGCGUGCACAUUGACAAAUCCUAUUUGGUUUGUCAAAACCAGACUUCAGCUGGAUCAUCGAACAAACAAAAUCACUGCGGUAGAAUGUAUGCGGAGGAUAUAUCGACAGUCGGGUGUACGAGGAUUUUAUAAGGGUAUUAUGGCGUCCUACGUAGGUAUAAGUGAGACUGUGAUACACUUUGUGAUUUACGAAGCUGUAAAGGCAUGGCUUGUGGCGACAAGGACGAGAGUUUCUUCAAGGGAGGACGACAGGAAAACCUUACGUGACUUUAUAGAAUUUAUGGCAGCCGGUUCGUUCUCUAAAACGGUCGCAUCAACGAUCGCUUAUCCUCACGAAGUGGCAAGAACACGUUUGCGCGAGGAAGGUACAAAAUAUCAAACCUUCUUACAAACGUUGAACACCGUAUAUAUGGAGGAAGGAACAAAGGGUUUAUAUCGUGGACUUGGAACUCAUUUAAUAAGGCAGAUCCCAAAUACUGCUAUAAUAAUGGCAACUUACGAAGCCGUAGUCUACAUCCUCACGCGGCACUUCCAUUCGAGUGCUGUAAAUGCAACGAACGCAACGACACAGUUUUAUGCGGAGGCUAAGGCAAAGAGAGAGCUUGCCUAGGAUUUGCUAAAGGCCCCUGAAUAAAGGGCCUUCAUUCUAAAUGCUAAUGCUCGUGCUUUAGAACUUUCAUGCUCGUUUCAUCACGUCCUCAUCAAUAUCAUCAUCAUCAUCAUCAUCAUCAUCAUCAUCAUCAUCAUUAUCAUAAUCAUCGAGGAGAGAUUAAGAGACACCCAUGUGAUAAAAAUGAUGGCGACGUCCCUUGGAGCACAAUCGCGUGAUUUUUUUUAUAUUGAAGGUAUUACCGAAAGAAGACACACCACGGCGUAGAAAGCCUCAGUGCCCUAGAAAGUCUAG